GUUCUGUUCAAUUUUUUAAUCAUCACUUUCUAACACCUCUUCCAUGAACCAAAUCAACAAUAAUCAGCAGUAAUAAAUAACUAAUAUUUGAUUAAUUAAAUAAAUCAAAUCCUAAUUUAGCUUCGAAUUGCGCACACGAUUCUUUGCUUCCCUUGGAAACUCUCCCAAAUCCCCACUACCUUCACUCUCUUUCUUCUCUGCUUCUUUCUCUUUUCUCCAAUUUCGGAUUUUUCUCUCUCUUCUCUGAGAUCUUGUUUCGCCGUUUGGGGUUAUCUCGGUGGAACCGGAAGCUGCGAACUUUCUCCGCGUGUUGGUUGAUUCGAGAGAAGGAGAAGGAGUAUGGAAAAGUACGAGCUGGUGAAGGAUAUAGGAUCUGGGAAUUUCGGGGUGGCAAGGCUUAUGCGCCACAAAGAGACCAAGGAGCUUGUUGCUAUGAAAUACAUUGAAAGGGGUCACAAGAUUGAUGAAAAUGUUGCAAGGGAAAUCAUAAACCACAGAAGCCUUCGCCACCCGAAUAUCAUUCGGUUCAAGGAGGUGGUUUUGACUCCUACACAUCUUGGAAUAGUGAUGGAGUAUGCAGCUGGAGGAGAGCUCUUCGAGCGAAUUUGCAAUGCUGGAAGAUUUAGUGAAGAUGAGGCUCGGUAUUUCUUCCAGCAGCUCAUCUCUGGAGUUAGCUACUGCCAUUCCAUGCAAAUUUGCCAUCGAGACUUGAAGCUGGAGAAUACCUUACUGGAUGGCAGCCCUGCUCCUCGUCUGAAGAUUUGUGACUUUGGUUAUUCCAAGUCAUCUCUGCUUCAUUCAAGGCCUAAAUCAACAGUGGGAACUCCUGCCUACAUUGCACCAGAGGUUCUUCAACGAAGAGAGUAUGAUGGAAAGUUGGCAGAUGUAUGGUCAUGUGGAGUGACUCUUUAUGUAAUGCUAGUUGGAGCAUACCCAUUUGAGGACCAAGAGGAUCCCAAAAAUUUCAGGAAAACCAUAAAUCGAAUUAUGGCUGUCCAAUAUAUGAUCCCAGACUAUGUUCACAUAUCUCAAGACUGUAGGCAUCUUCUAUCUCGCAUUUUUGUGGCUAAUCCAGCUAGGAGAAUCACCAUUAAGGAGAUCAAGUCACACCCAUGGUUCUUAAAGAACUUGCCUAGGGAAUUGACAGAAAUGGCUCAAGCUGUCUACUAUAGAAAAGAAAACCCGACCUUUUCUCUUCAGAGUAUAGAGGACAUCAUGAAAAUUGUCGAGGAGGCCAAAACUCCUCCGCCAGCUUCCAGGUCAGUUGGAGGAUUUGGAUGGGGGGGAGAAGAGGAGGAAGAUGAAGCAAAAGAAGAAGAAGCCGAGGUAGAAGAAGACGAAUAUGAAAAAAGGGUCAAGGAGGCACAAGCUAGUGGAGAGUUUCAUGUUAGUUAAAAGUAAACAGUUUGAUUCUUGGAUAGUAGAAUAGAUUCCUGGUUCCCUUUGCUCUUGGUUA